GAGCAUCGAUUCUUCGAGCGUCGACCAGCGGACGUCCUCAUUGGUGGUGUGAGGAUUCGUGCCGGGAAUAUCGGAGAGUGUCCGAGGCGGAUCAAAACAAGCGAUGCUCGAGCCGAGCAAGCGCUCGCUCUCCUCCGUUGGCUGCCGCUUCGCCGAGAAGGAACGCCAGGAAGAAACGUGUGAGUCGUCGCCACCGCCGUUCUGCGGCCGUUUGUUCCAGGAGGCUAGCCGUAACGCGUCGUAACGCGACCCACCGCGGCGUCUCCUUCACCUCCUCCGCCCCCUCUUUCUUCGGCCAGGCGGGAUUUCAACCCGAGGAAACAAUGUAGGCUACCCGCCGCGGCACCCCUGUCGUCCCUCGAUCGCGCCGUCGGGGAUGUCGGCACGGCCGCUUGUGGCUGUCAUCGUCGACGACUACGAGCAGCGCAGUCACACAGACAUAGCGAGCGUGAACACCCGUGGGAGAUGUCUUACAGCGAUGGCGCGCGCCCAACACGAAAAUUCGGCACGAAGUCGCCGAAGAAGCUGUGCGUGACCAAGAGCGAGAACGGCGACAAGAUCACGACGACGGUCAACUGCGGCGGCCAUCAUCACCACAAUCACUUUCAUCACAACCACCACCGCUUCCUGGACGGCUCGCAACCGUCGGUGCACAAGCGCAAUCUAUACAUCGUUUCUUUCCCAUUGAUAUUGCUGUUCAACGUGCUGAGGACUCUGUUAUAUCAGCUGUUUGUGGUAUUCAGGUAUCUGUAUACCUCUACGUCUCAUCUGAUCCAGCGCAGACAGGCGUCCAAGCAGGCCUGUCAGCUGGAGAUUGUUGUCGGUCAGAAAACAGCGGAUGGUCUGUCCAAUCGUUUGAUCAACGGCAAUCAGGUAGAGGGAGAAAACAUGUCUCAGGUAUCCAGGCGCUCCAUUGGACCGGGUCCAGCGGAUCCUUUGCUGGCCAAGCAGAAGCAUCAUCAUCGCAGAGCUUUUGAGUUUAUCAGCAAGGCACUGAAGAUUGACGAGGAUAAUGAAGGGCAGAAGGAAAUGGCUAUUGAAUUGUAUAAGAAAGGAAUCGGGGAACUGGAGAAAGGCAUAGCCAUAGAAUGCAACGGUGGACAUGGUGAAAUAUGGGAGCACGCUCAGAGACUUCACGACAAGAUGCGUACGAAUUUAAUAAUGGCGAAAGAAAGGCUCGAGUAUCUUGUGAGUGUGUGUGAGCUGAGAAAGCUGGGUAUCAACAAUGAAUAUCGCGCGCCUGGAAAUAAAACGGACGACGAACAUCCAGGAAAGCAUCUGAGGGCUCGCCGCAAUAUACACACUUUUCAAACCUCGACACGAGCCGGCACACCCAAUACCAAUCACAAUAAGAACACAAACAAUAGUACACAUACAGUUAACACCGGGCAGACUAUAUGUACGCAAAUUCCCAAGUUAAGGCCACGUUCUCCAAAAAACUGUUGCGCUCACGCCGCCGAAGCAUCCGGCAGAAAGCUGUCGGUGCCUGGCAAGCGGCCGACGGGGACUCCCUUGAGCAAGAGCCAGACAUUGCCUCGAAACAUGGGCAGAUCAGCGCCUAUCCAGCCUUGCCAUAGGACCAUGCCGAUUAAACCGUCCUCAACGCCACCCUCCGUGAAGCGACAGCUAUCCGUGCCUGGGAAUGGCUCGCCUAUAAGACGCCCGGGAACACCCACUACCUCAAGCAGUAACAGGAGUACACCGACCAGGAAGGUACCCAUUCUGAAGGGAGUGGACCCGAAGCUCGCGCAACUGAUUCUCGACGAGAUCCUGGAAGGCGGUGCGCCGGUGCAGUGGGAAGACAUCGCUGGUCAAGAGACUGCGAAGCAAGCCUUGCAGGAGAUGGUGAUUUUGCCGUCACUCCGGCCCGAACUGUUCACCGGCCUGCGAGCACCUGCGAGGGGAUUGUUACUGUUCGGCCCACCGGGAAAUGGAAAGACACUGUUGGCGCGCGCCGUUGCGACUCAGUGCAACGCGACGUUCUUCUCCAUCUCCGCCGCUAGCCUCACGUCCAAGUACGUCGGGGAAGGUGAAAAAUUGGUGAGAGCUCUGUUCGCGAUCGCACGGGAGUUGCAGCCGUCUGUUAUUUUCAUCGAUGAGGUGGACUCGCUGUUGAGCGAAAGGAAAGACAACGAGCACGAAGCUUCAAGGCGACUGAAAACGGAAUUCCUAGUCGAGUUCGACGGCUUGCCGUGCAAUCCCGAGGAAAGGGUGCUCGUCAUGGCUGCUACUAACAGACCGCAAGAACUGGACGAGGCUGCGCUGAGGCGAUUCACGAAACGCGUGUACGUCACUCUACCGGACCUGCAAACGAGGAUCGUAUUGCUCCAGAGGCUCCUGGCCAAGCACAACGAUCCGCUGACGGCCGAGGAGUUGAACGAGAUGGCAGUCAUGACUGAGGGAUACUCCGGAAGCGAUUUGACUGCAUUGGCUAAGGAUGCAGCACUUGGGCCUAUCAGAGAACUGAAUCCAGAUCAGGUGAAAGAAUUGGACCUCAAUUCCGUUCGUAAUAUCACGAUGCAAGACUUCCAUGAUUCCCUAAAGAGAAUUCGCAGAUCCGUCUCGCCGGCUAGUUUAGCUGCCUAUGAGAAAUGGAGCUUCGAGUACGGGGAUGUCAGUCUUUGAUCUCGAAUAAGCCGCUCGUACGAGAGGCUGCAGCAGCUGCAGCCGCGUUUUAUUUGAAUGUGAUCCGUCGAUACUCCGCCGAACGUUAACGCAACUUUGCAUUUUUAUUCUUAUAAAUGAUGUAUUUGUGCUUGAUAAGAAAUGGCGAUGAAAACGGAACAGAGAAAGAGAAGAGCGAGAGAAGAGCUAUGUUCUCCGAUUUCUAACUGUGAGAAUCCCGACUCGCGCAUUCUCGUGGCAUAUUACGAGCCUUCGACAGCUCUGAUUCUCAUUUCAACACAUUACUUUGCACCGGAGCGACCUUCGCGACGAAUAGCAUAACUAGAUUCUCAAGCAAUAAUACUUAAUGUCGAGUGUAUUUUCGGAUUACAGUUCGCACAUUGAUUUUACCAGAUAUAUAAUACUCCACGCUCCAUCCAAGUGAUCGAGUACAUUCGCAUUCGCAGUUCAACGCGUAGCUUUAAACUGUUAGGAUUGAGACGCUUUACCACCGUAUUGUUUAUAUAUUUAUUAUUCUCCUACGAUUCUCAGUUCCUUUUCCACAUACGAUAGCUAGUGUUCGCGAGAUUCACGACGUAUGCUCGCAUAUUACGAUAAGUUGCACUUAGUGUCGGAAUGUUAGUUAUGUGUUAACAGUUGAUGUUAAGUAUUUGCAAAACGAUAAAAAUACCUUACCGCCUUAGAUUGAGAUUCAGAAGGCUACUCGAGCACGCACACACAUACACACACACACACACACUCCGCGGUCAUGGAGAAUGCGUCAUCAUACAAUUCGACUAUUGUUAUUUAUCAAGUUGACACGAACGAGAGUUAAUAACAAUAUCGUAAGGCACGACCCGUGACACAUUAUUAUCGCAACGGUAGAAAGACUGCAUUCGCAAACGAAACAUCGCACGUCCAAUCAGAUAAUAAAAUAAAAAAGAAAAAGUAAUCGAUGACGAGUAGACGUCGAAGAGAGACGUUAUAGUUAUUUAUUCGGUGUACACAGCGAGAAGGGAGACGCACCGUGAACGUCGUAGGGCGGCGUGUUGAAAUUUGCACGUUAGGAGAUGCGCGCGGUCGCAGAGGCGAACGGCCGCUGUCGUUACGCGUCAAUUCUUGUAUAGAUCACACUGAUAGAUGUACUUCUUAAAGUGUUGCGAAUGUUAAUCUUGUUACGUUUGAUACCGAUUCAGAGAUUCGUUUGACGUUUGUUGAUAUACCGAUGCGUUUAAGGAACCACACGGCAACCAUGAUGCACGCUUGUGCAGGAGGAGAAAGGAACAGAAAACGAGGGGGAGAGAAGAAAAGGAAUAAACGAAAGGGGAAAUAUGAGAUUCUGUUUUGAUACAAAAUUCUAUAAGAACACAACGAACUGAGAGAAUAUAAUCUGUGCUAUAUGGAA